AAAAGUGAAACCGUUUGACAGUUACUGUGAAGAGGAAAAUGGCGCAGCAGGAAAAUCAGCUGGACCGAGUAAAGUUCUGUUGUUCCAUCUGUCUGGAUCUACUGAAGGAUCCGGUGACUAUUCCCUGUGGACACAGCUACUGCAUGAACUGUAUUAAAAGCUUCUGGGAUGGAGAGGAUCAGAAGGGAAUCUACAGCUGCCCUCAAUGCAGGAAAACUUUCAUACCAAGACCUGUCCUGGUGAAAAACACCAUGUUUGCUGAUUUAUUAGAAGACAUGAAGAAGACUGGACUCCAAGCUGCUCCUGCUGAUCACUGCUAUGCUGGACCUGAAGAUGUGGCCUGUGAUUUCUGCUCUGGAAGAAAACUGAAAGCCAUCAAGUCCUGUUUAUUCUGUCUGGCCUCUUACUGUGAGAAACACCUUCAGCCUCAUUAUGAUGUGUCUCCUUUAAAGAAACACAAGCUGGUGGAGCCCUCCAAGAACCUCCAGGAGAACAUCUGCUCUCGUCAUGAUGAGGUGAUGAAGAUGUUCUGCCGUACUGAUCAGAAGUGUAUCUGUUAUCUCUGCUCUGUGGAUGAACAUAAAGGCCACGACACAGUCUCAGCUGCAGCAGAAAGGACUGAGAGGCAGAGAGAGCUGGAGGUGAGUCGACAAGAAAUCCAGCAGAGAAUCCAGGACAGAGAGAAAGAUGUGAAGCUGCUUCAACAGGAGGUGGAGGCCAUCAAUCACUCUGCUGAUAAAACAGUGGAGGACAGUGAGAAGAUCUUCACUCAGCUGAUCCGUCUCAUCCAGAAAAGAAGCUCUGAUGUGAAGCAGCAGAUCAGAUCCCAGCAGGAAACUGAAGUGAGUGGAGUCAAAGAGCUUCAGGAGAAGCUGGAGCAGGAGAUCACUGAGCUGAAGAGGAAAGACGCUGAGCUGAAGCAGCUCUCACACACAGAGGAUCACAACCAGUUUCUACACAACUACCCCUCACUGUCAGCACUCAGUGAGUCUACACACUCAUCCAGCAUCAAUAUCCGUCCUCUGAGAUACUUUGAGGAUGUGACAGCAGCUGUGUCAGAGCUCAGAGAUAAACUACAGGACAUUCUGACAGACAGAUGGACAAACAUCUCACUGACAGUCACUGAUGUGGAUGUUUUACUGUCACAACCAGAACCAAAGAGCAGAGCUGGAUUCUUAAAAUAUUCUUGUGAAAUCACACUGGAUCCAAACACAGCACACACACAGCUGUUACUGUCAGAGGGAAACAGAAAGGUGACAUGUAUGUAUAAACAACAGUCUUAUUCUAGUCAUCCAGACAGAUUCACUGGAUGGGUUCAGGUUCUGAGUAGAGAGAGUCUGACUGGACGUUGUUACUGGGAGGUGGAAAUGAGAGGAAACGUUUAUGUAGCAGUCGCAUACAAGAAUAUCAGCAGAGCAGGGUGGGCGAAUGAAUGUAGAUUUGGAUUUAAUGACAAAUCUUGGUCAUUACAUUUUAACCAAAAUAGUUAUGAGUUUCGAUACAACAACAUCAUAACCUCCAUCUCAGGUCCUCGGUCCUCCAGAGUAGGAGUGUAUCUGGAUCACAGAGCAGGUAUUCUGUCCUUCUACAGCGUCUCUAAAACCAGGACUCUCCUCCACAGAGUCCAGACCACAUUCACUCAGCCGCUCUAUGCUGGACUUUUCAUUAAUCCAGGAUCCAGUGCUGAGUUCCGUCAAGUGAAGUAAAGUUAUUUUCUCUGCAUUAAAUCACUUUAUUACCCUCUCAGAAUGUGUAAGAUAAACAUUUCUUGGUAUGUCCAGGGUCCUGGAGUUGAAAUCUGCAGGAAAGGGGGUUUUCUUAUCAGCUGAAAAAAACACAAGUUUAGAAAGAAAACGGCUUCAAAGUGGACAACGUCCUGGAUGAUGAGUACCAUUUGAGAUCCAUAAAACCUUUAGUUGGUUCUUAAGGCAGAUUCGUGUUGCAGAAGAUUAAAGUUCAGAAAUUUCCCAGAUCUUUGAUAUAACUUAACGAAGUACUCCUCCCAUUCUUCAGGUUGGAGCGUUGACCUUCUUGACCUGUGGAGCUAAAAACCAAGUCAUAAAUCUAAGUCCUGGAUUUUUACCAGUCAGACCUCCACUUUUGGAGUGAGAGGGACUGUUGGUCUGUAAGGAGAAAAUCCCUCAAAUGUUUUAUUCAGUCAGGAUUAAACAAAAGUUCCACUCUUUACUUUGAAGAUGCUGGAAUCUGCUACCCCCCCUGUUCUCUGCAUCUGGUUGCUUUAAGCUGGAAUCUUUAAACUUGAUCAUGUUUUAAUGCUGUCUUUUUUUCACAGUGGAACUUUAUU